GCAGCGUUAAAAUUUAUUUUCGAGUUGCGUUUUUAUAUUUGCAGUCGUUUACGGUUUACAGUGGUUUUUCUCAGCGUUUCUGUCGAAUAAGUCGUACACCGUUUUCAGCUGGUUGAUGGGAAGUGUGUACUCGUGCGAGUGACGAGCAGUACAAGCAGUACGAGCACGUUGGAGCCUGCAGGUGGAAGCCAGCGUUCAUCAUUCUGUGCUGAUGUGAUCUUCCGUCGAGGAGUGUGAUUGGAAAUUUGUUUGGAAGAUUUUCCCGUUUUUUCUGGAGUUGUGUGGCGAUCGGGGAGCGUUGUUGUUUGGAGUGGCUGUCGUAGUGCAGUGGCUCCGCUGUCGUCCCUCUUUGCUGCUGCCGUCAUGCCCACAAUGAGUCCGCCGACUGUCCGCACUUCCAGAUUGGUGCACAAGCGGUCGGCGUCGUGCGACGCCAGUCCGGAGACGGUGCGGGCGGUGUGGCGCGCGGCGGACGCCGUGUGCUUCGACGUGGACUCGACGAUCACGCCGAUCGAGGGCAUCGACGAGAUCGCCGGCUUCUGCGGCGUGGGGAAGGAGGUGAGCGAGUGGACCAAGCAGGCCAUGGGCGGCAAUCUCCCCUUCAAGACCUGCCUCCGCGAACGCCUCAACAUCAUCCGGCCGACCCGCCUCCAGACCGAGACCUUCAUGAAGACGCAUCCGCCCCUAUUGACCGAAGGCAUCCAGGAGUUGGUGGAAGCGUUGCGGGCGCGCGGCCGCGAAGUGUACCUGGUCAGCGGGGGUUUCGACUUCUUCAUCCUGCCGCUGGCGCAGCUGCUGGACAUUCCCGCCGAGAACGUCUUCUGCAACCGUCUCAUGUGGUAUUAUAACGGGGAGUAUGCCGGUUUCGACGAGCAGGCGAUGACGUGUGAUAACGGCGGGAAGGGCCGCGUCUGCGGCUAUUUGAAGCGCACCAACGGCCACCAGCAGCUGGUCAUGAUCGGCGACGGCUCCACCGAUCUCGAGGCUGCGCCGCCCGCGGAUGCGUUUAUCGGGUUCGGCGGUGUGGUGGUGCGGGAGCGGGUGCGCCGCGAGGCCAAGUGGUUCGUCAACGGGUUCGGCGAGCUGACGGACGAGCUGCCGCCCGUGGACGGCGACGACCUCUGAUUCGUCCAUUCCGCCGUGGAUUUUCCUCGCAAUUUUAAUCUACCUCCGCGCGUUUUCCGGUGCCUGUUUCUGCUGCUCAUUCCUCUCCUGCAUUUUUGCCUGCGUUUGUUGUUCGUUCGUUCGUUUGUUGUCUGGUUGAUUUCGUGUGUGCGUCAGCUGAUUUCCCUGUCAAGGUUGGAUCGUCGAGAAAUGGUGGUUAAUUAAUCUCGUGUUGGGUUGCAUGUGUUUUCUUCAUUUUCACGCUGGUUUGCUGUGUGUCACUGCCAUUCAAUUAGAUACAUAUUCUCAUUGGGCAUUAUUAAUUAAUUAAUUGUGCAAUCGUA